AUGCUAGUAGUAGCUGAACGAUUCUUUAUACAUUGCGAUACUCAUUUACAAUUGCUUAUGAGAUUAGAACAAACCAUUUUCUUGUCGGCAGAGCCAUCUGACACCAUUCAAAGAUUGAAAGAAAAAGUUGCCAUCAUCAAUAAACUUACCGACAAGCAAGUCACCGAUUACAUUCGUUUCGUCUUCCAAGGUGGUCCCCUCGAAGACAAAAAGACCAUUCAACAAUAUAAUAUUCCAAACGAUUCAAUUAUUUUUAUGGUUUACAAGCAAAAUGACGGAUCAUAUGAAGAUAUUGCACCAUCUUUAUUACAAUUGAAAUAA